AGUAUAAGCUGGUCAUUGUAAUAAAGGCCAAUGAUUUUUUCCAGCAAUUAUUUACUUUUAGAUACAAUAGUAAUAUAGAAGUUUAGAGUGUUCAAUCAUUGCAAUUAGAAGGUGUUCUUUUAUCGUUGAUGUUUAAUGAGAAGAAUUGGAGGAUAUGGAACUUUUCAACACCUUCACCUUGUUGGUAAGCACCUCCUUCCUUUUAAUAUGGUUUUGGCUGAAAAACAACUACAAUUUCUGGAAAAAACGCAAUAUUGAAAGUAGUCAUUACGAAUAUUUCUGGGGCAGCAUGAAAGAAGUUUUCCUACAAAAAGACACUUUCUCAGAUAGCACCAGAAAGAUAUACAGAGAGUUCAAAGAUAAAGGUGCUAGGCAUGGUGGACUGUUUUUUCUGUGGGUCCCACUGUAUAUGCCUAUCGACAUAGAAAUAGUGAAAUCCAUCAUACAAGUAGACUUUCAGCAUUUUGUAAACAGAGGAAUUUAUGUUAAUGAAAAAGCCGAUCCUUUGAGCGCUCACUUGUUCAGUUUGCAAGGAAAGAAAUGGAAGCUUCUGAGGAAUAAGUUAACCCCAACUUUCACAUCUGGAAAAAUUAGAAUGAUGUUCGAAACUCUGGUGGACUGCACGAAAGGUCUUGAAAAAUUAAUGGAUAAAGAAAUGGGAAAAUCAGUGGAUAUCAAAGACAUUCUAGGAAGAUUCACAACGGAUGUGAUAGGAAGUUGUGCUUUUGGAUUGAAUUGCAAUAGUUUGGAGGACCCCAAAAGUGAAUUCAGAGUAAGAGGAAAAUCUCUCUUCGAAAAAGAAUUAGGACGAAGCAUCAAAGAUGCAAUACUUUUUCUUCUUCCAAAUCUUAUGAAGAAACUGAACAUGAAAAUGAUACCAGAAGAUAUUAGCAACUUUUUCAUGACUGUCGUUAAAGACACUGUCGAAUAUAGAGAGAAAAAUAAUAUAUCCAGGAAGGAUUUCAUGGACUUACUAAUACAACUGAAAAAUAAGGGGAAAUUGGUGGAUGACGAUCAGAUUGGUACUGAACAAAUCACAGAGGCGGAGAACUACAUAACACUCGAUGAAAUUUGCGCUCAAGCUUUCAUCUUUUUCGAGGCUGGGUUCGAAACUUCUUCCACCGCCAUGACUUUUUGUUUGUAUGAAUUGGCCAAGAAUAAGGAGAUUCAGAAGAAAGCAAGGGAAGAAAUGAGAAUUGUCUUGAGUAGACAUGAAGGAAAGCUCACAUAUGAUGCCGCAAUGGAAAUGCAUUAUGUUGAACAAGUUAUCAAUGAAACAUUAAGAAAAUAUCCUCCUGGACCAAUAUUGAAUCGCAUUUGUACAAAGGAAUACAAAGUCCCAAACACAGACAUCGUAUUGGAGAAAGGUAUAAGGGUUAUGAUUCCUGUAAUGGGAAUACAUAGAGAUCCGGAACAUUACCCAGAUCCAGAAAAAUUCGAUCCAGAAAGGUUUUCAGAAGAGAACAAAAGAAAUAUAAAGCCAUUUACAUUUCUUCCAUUUGGUGAAGGACCUCGUGUCUGCAUUGGUGUGAGAUUCGGCAUGAUGCAGGCAAAAGUUGGACUAACAGCUCUCCUCUUGAAUUAUGACUUCGACAUGAGCGAAGAUACAAAAGAGCCCCUUGAAUUCGAUCCUAGAUCAUUCAUUUUAUUGACUAAAGGGGGUAUUUGGUUGAAGUAUCGUCGUACUGAAAAUAAGUACACUGAGUUAUGAUUGUGAUGUCUUCGAUGAUGAUUUUUUUAUUAGUUCAAAUUAAUCGUGUCAUAAAAUUUCUCAUUUAUACUACUUAGUUCAUUUUUAUAUCUAGUUCAUCUUUUUUCUUCAAAGUAAUUUUUCGAAAAAAAAACAAGCCCUCAAAUAAUUUCCACGAAUAUUACAGCAUAAAGAUUAAUUUGAGUAUAUUGAAUAUGAAUUACAUAGGCGUACAA